UUCAGACAUUCACAUCCGUCAGGGCGUAUUAUUUUCAGGACAAAAUGAAGAUUAUUCUAAUCGCCCUCAGUACUUUGGUCAUCGUAUGCGCCAUUCCACAACAGCAGCAGGGACAAGCGCAGGCUCCUGUAGAAAUCGUCAAACAAGACUCUGAAGUCGAUGUAAAUGGAUACAACUUUGAGUUUGAAACCAGUGACGGCACAUCGAGACAGGAGCAGGCUGAGUACAAGAAUGACACCGAUCAGCAGGGUCUCCUGGUCAGAGGUAGCUACAAAUACGUCGCUCCUGAUGGACAGAAUAUAGCCGUGUCAUUCGUCGCUGACAAGAAUGGAUACCAACCCACCGAACAGAAAGAUGGCCAGAAUCAACAACCUGCUCAAUCUUAACUAUUUUUGUUUAAACGAUUAUUUAAUUUAAAUACAUCAUCAGUUAAUUGUAGGCCGGGAUUGGAGACUAAAAACAUACAUAUUUAUUUAAAACGUUUCAUCUUCUCUAUACAUUUAAAGUUCAGUAGGUUUCGAAGUACUUCUUAACAUACUCUCUAGACAAAUUCAUAACCAACAUACGGAAUAGACCAAAUAUUAUACUUAAUUCUAAACUUUGUGUUAUGUCCUGUGAGUUCAAAUUAUGUGCGUGCCUAUCCGCAGACAAUAAGAAGUUUAUUUUGUUACUUACAUAUUUUAGGGCAGAUGUUCAUAUAUUAUCAUGUAAAGGUGAAUGUUCACCUUGCAAAGCGAUAAUGCUUUAACCACAUUAGUACCAAUUGUGUCACAAGGUUUUCGUUUCUUUAUAUUAAGAAUUAUUUAAAUUGCGCUGUGUUUGGGUUUUCUUGGCUAAAAUCAAAUAUAAAUUUAAGAAUAAAAUUGAUAUUUUAUAAAAGUGUGUCAACUUCUAGUCCCUGGUAUGUCAUAUUGCGUUAAAAGCAAAUUAGAAAGUACAUACUGUUCGUGUGUAAUAUUUCUUUUAAAAUUAGUAAUAUGUUCGCUUUGACAAUAUUGGGUCACGGUCUUCUCCAAAUUAAUUCUUAAAUUGGACAGUAACAAUAGUGACUCAUCCAAGUACGUAAAAAUUAGGUAAAACUAGUAUAUUUUAAAUUGAACUUUGUAAAUUUCUGUUACUUAAUAAAACGUAAAGCACUAGAGUUCUCAUUGGUAUGUUGAUUGGUGUAUAAAAUAGAUAUUAAUACUUUUAUAGUUUAUAACUUUAUUUAAGUUCUCAUUAUAAGCGUAGAAGAUGUGGCCAC